AAUAAUGAUAAUAAUAUCUUCUAAUUCUAGGCUAAUGGGAAAUUACUCACUCCGAAACAUAUUAUUUAUCUUAUCGCAAUCACUUGCUACAACUUUACCCCUGAUUAAAGUUACAGUUUUAAAUUUUAAGUAAUGAAGUGUUUUACGAAUGCUUCUUAAAGUGUUAAUUGGAGAAAAAAACACAGUAACCAGUUAUUUUAUUAAGUAAUUAAGUUUAGGUUAUUAUAAUUCAAUUAUUAUUAAUUAGAAUCACAGAAAAGUACAGUCACAGUCCAGUGAUGUGAGUGUGAGUGACAGUACGCCGUUUAAGUUUACGGGAAUGUGCAGCACUAAAACUUGUCAUCUCGAAAGCUAAUAUAUUAUUUCUUUGAAAAUGAUAAAUGUCGGUUAAGUCCAUAGUCAUAAAAUAAAAAUAAAGUGAAUAUUUUGGUUAAAAAAAAAAAUAAUAAAAAAAAAUCAACUAUCCUAGUAAACUAGUUAGUACUAGUAGGCCCUAAACUUAAACUAAACUAGGUCUUGUAGUUGUAGAAAAUGUUAGUCUUAGUAGUACUGUGAUUUAAAUUAAAUUAAAUGAUAGUUCUGAACUGAAUGUGCAGCACAGCAGUGAGGCAAAUAAUUUCAAAUAGUCAAAUAGUACUAAAUAGUAGCAUAAUAGUAAUACAUUAACGGGUAAUCCCUUAUGCCUUAUAGUAUAGCAUAAUAUGUCCUAUGCCUAGAGGCUAUUUAGUGCAAAAAUUACGGAUUAUCGGCCAAGCCCUAGUAUAGUUGAACACUUUGUUUGCAAAGGCCUGUGACAACUGCUUCAGCCACACAAGUAUAUUGUAUAGACAAUAUUAUUGCAUUAACAUUACUAUAUGCCAACGAGACAUGGACAGUGUACAGCAUGUAUGCCAAACUAAACCAUCUCCGACUAUAGUAUAGUCUAUACUUUUUACGCUGCGUUUAAAGCGUUUGCAGUCCACUCUCUCUAAGUGUCUUGGCAGGUUUGCUUCCACUCCGGAGGAAAGGUGUUGCGUUACCACCCCCCACCACCCAUGGAGUCCUUCGGUCUGGAUGUUUUCUAAGCUGGAACAAAAUGAUUGCCUCGGAGCAGCUUUCUCAGGGCUGUGUAGCUAAAAUCAUCGGCAUGGAUUUUAACCCAAGCCUCAUAUCCAUAAACAGCAAAAAGUAAUCAUGUUCUUUGCUAUUUCCGUUGCGUUGGGAGUCAUGCAAUCAACCCGGGUUUUUUUUUAUUCGGGAGGACAGGUCCACCCUACUAGUAACUAGUCUGCCACGCCACGAAGAGGCAAACUCCAUGUGAACGCCACCAAUAUUCCGCGGAACAGACUAAAAAUUACUAAAAGCUACUAUUAGUUUACAUUUUUUGCUGUACACAUCUCCUUGCUUUAUAUUGGUAUUAAUAGUAUAGUAAGGAUUAUAUUAUGACUAUUAGUAGUAGUAGUCAUAGAAGUAAAUAGGGCCCAACAUGCCAUAGCCUACUAGUACUAGAACUAGUUCUGAAAAAAAGAUGAAAUAAAACUGCAAAAACCUUCUUCAGCAUACAUUUAAAAAGCAAUACAAAUAAAGAAUGAUAAAAAUUGAAAAAAUGAAAAAGAACAUUUUUUAUACUUAUCUUUUACCUUGCAUUAAAUUUAUGGCAUUUAAAUAUAGAUAUUUUAUGUCUUGACUUAACAGUACUUAACUCAUUUUAUCUUUUUUUUCUUCUUUGCAGAAUUGAAAUAAAUGGAUGAUUCUUUACCAUUAGAUGUGUUUCAAGUACUUUCAGCUGUAGCUGAAUAUAGAGUUUACACAAUUUCCUGUCCCCCCAACUUGUUUGGCAAUAUUGUAAUCAUCGUGUUACAUAAAGGCAUUGAAAAAGAUGUCUCAAACUAUCCUCAUCCUAAUCCAGAGUGCACAGAGAAAUGCACUAAGUGUUUGCUGUUUGCUGCACUUACCGCAGUUCAAGUUGUAUUUGGUUAUGACAGUUCACAGCUAAGUCAAACUGUUAAACACUUAAAUCGUCAUGAUUGUCUAAAUCCUCCAGAAAAAAUAGAAAACUACUCCUGUCAAAAGACGCUAAGCUGUGAACAAAUAGAAACUAUUAAUAAAUGGUAUCCAGCUGCGGCUGCUAUUCUUAUCACAGACAAUUUUAUACAUUUGCUGGUAAGUGCAUUUGACUUAAGAAUUUAAAAAAGCAACAUUAAUAUAAAAGAUAAAUCUUAAAUUGAGCAGCCUUAUUGAAUCCUCACUAAACGAUAAAGACAAGCUAUUUAUUCUUAAAUUAAUUAUAAUAAAGGAAUGGUAGGCUAAAUCUCAAAAGCAUUGCCUUGUCUCGUAACUGAACUUGAAUAACAAGAAGAUUGUGACAUUUAGACAAAGCUGAUGCUGAUGGAAAUUUAUGUUUGAUCUAACAAUGAUUUCAACACAAAUUUUUUUCCUGACUUAUUACUUGAAAGCAGCUAUGUAAAAGAAAAGCAAAUAAUUGCGAUAACAGGAAUUAUCAAUGGUAACAGUAAUCCAUACAAUUUGAUUUCCAGAUUGAAUAUGUUAAAAGCAGUUGCACAUUCACAGCUUUUCUGGCCAAGAAAUCUCUUUUAAGUGCAUUAAAGACACAAGUAUUUGAGGUAAAAAAAAUAUCUAUUCAAGAAGACUGACUUUAUUAUAAAAUAAUAUUAAUUGAUGAUGGACAACCUGAAAAAUGUUUACCUGUCUCCACUUUAUUUUUAGUAGUGUCAGAUAUGGGUGACAUUUUUCAUUGGUGUUAUACAAAAUUUUAGGGUGUGAAAGAAAGUAUUUUGCUAUGUUUCUAUCAUUUACCUGAAAGCUUGUCAUAUUAUGCCCCUUCAAAAGUAGCUUUUUUUUGUGAGGACAUUUUUAUAUUACCAGAAUGCAAACAUUUAAGUGUCUGAAAAUCCACCUUAAACUAAAUGUUUGAUAGCAUAGUUAAUAAUCUGUUGUGAAAUGGUUAAGUAACAUGUGUUCUUAGACAAAGAUUUGUUAGAGGAACAUUAUUAAAACGACAUAAUAGAAUAAGCACAAAAUUCAUCAGUUUAAUUUUUAAUGUUUAUUUCUACAAAAGAUAAUAAUGCUCUACAUAUUACUCCAUGUUAAGCUAAAUAUAGUUAAGGUACCGGUACUGUCACUUUAUAUAAUGUUUAUAUUAUUUGGGAGGAUUCUUCAAAAAUUCAUUUACCUAAAAAAAUCUCUCUUACAGGUUCACAGUUUUAUUAAACUUGUAGAGCAGAAUUGGCAAGCAGGAAUCAAUCCAUGCUCCUCAUUUGUUGAAGUUGUAAAGAAUUUAUUGUCCUACAAAGUGCCACAUAUAUCUGUGUGCUCAGAAACAUUUGCUUGUGUUCAUUCUUUUGGAUACGUUCAUAGUUUUCUGUCAAGAAAAACUGACUCAAAGACAGAAACAUUUCCCAACACAGAUGGUAUUUUUGACUACCUAUGUCUUAUUAAAAAAAUCCUGAAAUGUGGGUUAAAAUUAAUUGAUUGUGGACUGUCCCAAGUUUCUGAUUAUUUUAUUCUGUGUUCUUUGUUUCAAAAUUCCAUUUUACCUUACACUGAGGCAUUUUUUUCAACUAUUCAUACUCCUCAUAAACAUUUGAUUUGUUUAAAAUAUUUAAAAUGCUUAAGCUCAUUAUUUGAUGUCAAAUUUCUUCACCCCAAAAAUCUCCCCCCUCAGUGUAUUGUUAUCGUAGGUGGUAGGGUGAGCACAGCACUACUUAGGUGUCUACACAGUCCAUCUUCACACAGUUUAUUAGCAGACUGUAAUUUCGUCGGCUUUAAUUUACAUAAGGCUAAUUCUUAUCAGCAAUCGGAAGACCCCAAAAAAGGUGUUUCAGCAAUGGCUAAAUUGUUAGUUUAUACUGUGUUCAAAGUUCAUGCUAUCACAUUGAUUGGAAAUGAAAAUUUUCAACCCUUAAUAGCAGCUGAGCUUUUUUCUUUGUUGUGUAAAGUUCAAGAACUUGUUACCAAAUGUGACCAAGAUUCAGAGGACUGGCUGACUGUUCUUUUUGCAGACCAGGAUGAUAAAUGGAUUUCAUCUCUACUUUGCUUAUUAAUGCUUCAUAGAAAGAUCAUGUUAAGGUAACAUUGAAAGAACAGUUUUAAAGAAAUGUGAGAGUGCAGAGUGGCUGUAUUUGUGAAUAUUAUUAUAUUCUUCAUUUUGUUUUUCAAUAUUUGAGGAUACUAAUGAUGGUAUUUUCAAACGGCUACGACAGAAUUAUCAGCAUAGUACGUUAUUAAAUAUAGCGUUAAAUGUACUGUUUGUGAUUUCUAUGUAACUUUUGUAUUUUUAUAAUUCAGGUUGGAAGAGCUGACAUGGUCAACAAGCACAGAAAAAGUUACCAGUAACAAAGAUUUUGAGAAUUUGGACAUAGAGAAACUUUGCCAAUGUAUAUGUCCUCACAGACUUUUUCUACAACUAGCAAAGUUCUUAGGUUAUGAUCAUCUGGUGCUGGCCGACUUCCUGACAUCACCAGAAACACAUUUCUUAUAUUAUUUUAGUCAAUAUUUGCAUACUGUCAAUGAAAAUUGGACUAAUUUUUACACUUGUGUAGUAUCUGUAUCUAGCAAUAGCAGCAAAGUAGAUACUGCUAUCUCACCCAAAAUAGACCCUGAUAGCUCAGCAAUUUAUAAUCCAACAGUUCUUCAAAAUGCUACUUCAACCAGUUAUUAUCCAACAGUGCAGCUGGUAGAUGAGUGUAGAUCAAACCUUUCAUAUUUACAUAAUCACUCAAACCAUUUGUUAUUAGAUGUUAAGAGGGAACUUUCUGAUGAAGAAAAACCUGAUGAAAGAAAAUUAUAUAGCAAUGAAAAAACUGACUUCCAACAUCUCCCUUUGUUAAGAAAAGAAAAUCAAGUCAUAGAUUCCUUUACUCAUCUUAUAGGUCCCAUUGUUCAUAAUGAUAGUGUUGUAAGAAAACAACAGAUUGUAUUAGUUUCAUAUUCAGACUCGGACGAAAAUGAAGAAGAAGAAACUACUGAAAAAUUAAAUUUGGUUGGAGGCAUGUCAUGUUAUUCUGACAUUAUUCCUUCCACUAACAUAGAGGCAAGUAUUGUUUGUGGUAACAAUGAAGCUGCUCUAUGGAAGAAAAAUAACAGCACAGAUCUUGAUGAACACAGUAGUCAAGAAGAGAGUUCAAGUGCUGGUCUAAAAAUACCAGAGGAAGUGGUACUAGUCAUGGAGAUGUUUAUUCGUCUCAGACUAUAUCUAGAGAGACUUGUUGAUAAAAAUAUUUUCCCCUAUAAUGUCCAACCACUUAUCCUAUUAUUGGAAGUUUGUGAAGACACUUAUGAUAAUUUCUGCACAUCCUCUCAAAUGUAAUUGGAGAUGUUUUUAUCCAUUUCAUAACCGGGUUAGAAAACCGGGUUAGGUUCUUUCUUCUAACUCCUGUAAUAAUGCAGUAUAACUUGUCAUGAAGCAAGUAGCUCACAUCAUUAAUGCUCAAAUAUAUUAUUUGUUGUGAUAUCAAGUAACAUUUGGUUUUUAAAUCUGCCUCUCAAACUCAAAGACUUGUGCACAUAGAAAAGGAAUUUUAAAAACCAGUUUAAUCAAGUUUAGCACCACAAACUGUUUUCAUUAUCUGUGGAUUAUUAUUUUCAAAAUAUUUGUGCACACUGGGCAUGAACUUGUUAAUUGAUUUGUACAUGAUUAUUUAGGGCUUUCUCUCUACCAAUGCAUGUUAAUGUUAUGUUAGUAAUUUUGUUUGC